CACCAGAGCCUCAUCUCCAUUGUUACAGCACCCAACACACAACAAUCUCAGUCGCAAUACAUUUGUUACACUGCAGGAACUGCUUUAUCUCUAACGAUAAACUAUUAGGACAAUGACAGGCAGGUUGGCGCCUAGACCGAAGCGCGCCAGCGAGAAUUACGCCCGUACACAUCACCAAGACGGCGAAGGGUCAAGCACAAAGAAGCCCCGCUUUGAUCCACGAAACCCAUCAAACCUAGCUCCUGACGCGAACGAGGAAGAUGAGAUCCUUGAGGCAGACGUUAUUGGCAAAGGAGCUGCCACCAAGCGUAACGCAGUCAAUAUCGACGGGUACGACUCGGAUAGCUCCAACGACAAUUUUGAUGCUCGUGCAGAUGCGAAAGCACAAGACGCAAGAAAGUCCAAAGAAGAGGAAGACCAAGACAUGUUUGCAGAUCUUGAGGAAGCUGAUGGAGAUGAGGAAGAACUGAGUCGAGAAGGCAAGAAGAAAAAGAGUGUCAAGUUCAUGGAGAACCAGGAUGUCGAAGGCGCGGUUGCGGACAGCAAAGCCGGUGGACACGUGUCUGCCAACUUUCGUCUAGAUGCCGACGACAUUGACCAUGAAGCGGAAAGCAGCAGCGACAGCGGAGGCGAUGAGGAGCGAGACAGAGUCCCUAGGGGCAUCGACAAAGAAUUGGGAGCCGGUCAUAAGACGAAACAUGCGCCAAAACUGGACGCUUUUAAUAUGAAAUCAGAAGGGGAGGAGGGACGCUUCGAUGAGAAUGGCAAUUUUGUCCGCAAAGCUGGCGACCCGGACGCAGUACACGAUACAUGGCUUGAAGGGAUAUCCAAGAAGGACAUAAAGAAGGCCAAGGACGCCAGGGCAAAACGCGAGCAAGAAGAGCGCCAACGACGGCUAGACGAUGACGAGCUGCUAACCAGUGAUCUUCUCAAGGCACUCAUACCUCAUCUAGAACUAGGUGAAACAUCACUCGAAGCACUGCAACGGCUGAACAAGGGUCGAAAACAGCCUAUUCCUGCGUGGAAGCAGAAAAAGAUGCUGAGGAAUGGCACUUCGAUGGAUGUCGAUCCCGUAACAGCUGCGGCAGAACAAAAGAAGAAAGAGGCCAUCGAUGCUAUAACCGACAGCACCACGAAACUGAUGAACCGGGGAACAGAUGAUAUAUACGAGCAAGAACGCGAGCUAUUGACUCGAUGGUAUCAACGCGAGACUGGAGACGCCUGGGUCGAUCCACCAUCCCAGGCUGCGGACGACGUAGGACCGGAAAAUGCGCAACAAUUCGAGUUUCGGUAUGCACAAGAUCCAAACUUGACGCCUAAUGGCCCUUAUACGAAGGAGACACUUGAACAAUGGAUAGCAAGUGGGCAAUUCGCUGCCACAGUUGAAUUUAAACGCGUCGGAGCCACCGAGUGGACGACAACGAUUUGAAGAACGAUGUUCUACCCAAACAGGUAAUACGAAAGGCACACCAGCACCAAAACCUUUGAGGGUCAGGCCAGCAGCCAUGUUGCUUCUAUUGAAUUUAAAUAGGAAUCGGACCUACUCAACGUCGCUCGUACGACGCCAAGAAUACACCGGACUCCCGACCGAGCACGGUAGGAAGCAGAAGGGAAUGUGAUGGCGACUCGACUUUGAUGCUCUGUAGGAUACCCUGUCUACACACUACCGAAUCACUCGGUCACAACUAAUUAUCUCUCGCGGGUUGAAGUCCUCAAAAGUCAAAACGCAGACCGAGUCAUGCAUCGGAACAGAUAAUGUCAGUCAUC